CUAUUAUAUUACCGAUGAUUUGUUCAAUUAGCUUUCCGCUUGACAGAUUGAUUCUGUCUAUAUUAUCCCCAUCAAAGUAAGCAGCUUGUGCAAACUUCACUCUUGAUUAACAUAUCGAGGUCCCUCUUGUGUGUCAAUACAAUCUUUUAACGGCUCAAUCUAAGAUUUCCUAUUCACUAUGGGAAUUUUUCCAAGUAUUGGAAAUUCGAACGAGUGGUCUACUGGCCUCUGUGAUUGUACCAAAGAUUGCCGUUCCUGCUGCCUUACUUGCUGGUGCCCUUGUGUUGCCUUCGGGAGAAAUGCUGAGAUUGUGGAUAAAGGCCAAAAUUCUUGCUUCCUGAUGGGGUGCAUUUUCUAUUUGCUGAAUCUCACAUGUCAUUAUGUCGGUUGUUCGUGGAUUAUUAGCAUGGGCUAUCGUAGUAAGCUGAGGAAGCAAUACGGUAUUAAGGGAGGGUCAUGCCAGGAUUGUCUCAUUCAUUUCUGUUGCCAGUCUUGUGCCUUGUGCCAAGAGUACCGUGAACUUGAGUCCCAGGGAUUUGAUGUUUCUGCUGAUUCAAUAUUUUUAUAAAGCAUUCUCCAUGAUGUACCGUGGUUUCCAGGUUGGGAUGGAAAUACCUCCAAAAAGGUCGCUAAUUGGAUGACUUUGGCUCCAGUUUGGGAAAGCAUGAAACGUUAGCUCGAAGAAUCUACUCAUCUGCAACAUCAAUGUUCUGAUAGUUUUUCUGGUUGAUUUUCUCUUUGUAAUAAUCUAAUAUAUACCUAAAUUGAUUCUCAAAAUAAAUGACAAAAUGUAGGGUUCUAGUCAUCAGAAAUAAUCUCAUCAGCUUUCGAGCUCACAAAGACAA